CAAUGACUGGAAACCCGUCAUCCAAACACCUGGGCGGAGCCGUUUCACUCCGCAUGGUGCGGAAGUGAAACCGAGACCUGUGUGUGUGUGUUUGUGUCUGUGAGGCUCUGUUGGAGUAGCCUGUUGUACCAGAGAAGACAGCGCUGAGUGGAUUUUGGAGUUGAACAGUAGAUCGUUACAGGAGGAGAUCUUCGCGGUGAACAUGGCGGGCGCUGAGGUGUACAACAGCACUACGGUGGAGGCCCGGGCGGUGAAGACUUUUUUGGUCCCCUACAACCUCCUGAGCGUCCAGAGAUUCGUCGUCAAAGUUGCGGAAGUGCUGCUGUCGUUCCUGGCCUUCGUGGUGGAGGAGGUGGUGAAAAGCUGUCUGAACUGCGGGCCGCUCUACUUCUUUGAGUUCAUCAGCUGCACGGCCUUCCUCUUCACCCUGCUCCUCCUCAUCCUCCUGGCCACCAAGCUCAACGGCAUGGUGGGCAUCACCUGCUGGCCCGCGCUGGACUUCUACUACACGGCCGCCAUCGCUCUCCUCUUCCUCCUGGCCUCCAUCGUCUUCGCUGCUGACAACGGCGGGACGUCCCUGGAGUACGCCUCUGUGGUGAGAACCUCCUCAGGCUCCGAGGGACAGCCCACCACCAGGCCUUUGGGUUCCUGGCCACCGUGGCCUUCCUGCUGGACCUCUUCCUGUUCUGGAGGGUCUCUGGUUUUCCCUGGAAGUCCAAGGAGACUGCGGUCGCCGGCAGCCCCACGCAGGCAGCUGCUGAGGUUGAGGCCCUCAACGCUCAGCCCAACUGAUUGGCCCCGGGGGGCCGGAGGGGAGGGGCUCUACACUAGUUACCAGGAAAUGACCCUCUAUAACCUCCCAUCGGCCCUGUCUGAGCUGGGUCAGCCACGCCUUCCCCUGGUCCCCGUCCCGCUGUCCUCUAUCUAGGGGUCCAUCAUGUCCCUGAGGUCACUGUCAUACUGACAACAACCCCCCCCCCCCACUUCUGGUCGGCCUGAUGUAUACUGUGUGUUGUAUGGAUGGAGAUAUUUUCUUUUCCCCAGAGGACAAAAGAAACUCUCAGUUGUUACAAAUCAACCGGACCUCGUUCAGACCGCUCUGUGCCUUUUGGGCCGUUAGUGAAAUCUCAAUGUACAAUAUAUAUAAACCACAUAACCAUAGAUCCUGCCAGCAAGUCUUCUUGAAGCCAUGAUUUAUUGGGCUGCAUUUACUUUAGCAUGAAGUCAUGACUUUAACAGAUCCUGCUAUCUAAUGGCACUUCCUGAGAUUUAAGAAAUCACUAAAAGGAGGAACGCAAUGUUUCAACGCUGUAGAACCGAAUCUCCAGACUCGGAACCAAGUCCGUCUGCGUUCUUUUACCCGCAGCCUGAAGGUUUAGGUCUAUUGAGCUGGAUAAGAGCGCAUUAGUGGCUGCGUUUUCCCUAACUACCUUAAAAACACGUUCUACGUGUGCUUUGCCCAGACAAUCAUCUUCUCCAGCCUGUUUGUAAUUCCCACGAUGCAUUGCUGUCACGUGUCUAGUAAUUGUCCCAUGCCUGGCUGACCCUCCUGCGAUGAGUUUGCUGGGUGUGCUGUUUCCCUUGGAGAGACGCCAGCAUGAAACUACAACGUUGUCUUAAGUACACAGAUCCUCACCUACAUUCUACUGCUCAUCUGUCCGCUCUUACGGUGUCUUCUCAUGCCUCCUUCUCCAACAACUCCACCACUAUAACCCUCGCCGUGUGGAAACCCCCUGGGUUCCCUCUUCACCAUCAGAUCAGAAUCACUUUUAUUUCAGCCAUAUGUUGUCUGUCGCCACAGCGGGGCUCACUGUGGGGAAGAGAGUCUGGGCCUUGGUUACCAUGUGCUUGUGUUUCAUGAAGGAUGUGAUUUUUGUGUUAAACGUCGAGUCGGGAUGUUGCUAGAUGUUAUUAUUUACGAUUUAUAUUUUGGCCUGACCAGUCAUUACAAUCUAUUGUAGGGAUCGAGAUGCAUCGCUUUUUUAAACGGACUAAAAUCGUAUUCUCUGCCACUAGUUUUAUUUUCUCUUGGUUGACCUCUAGGGGAAGAGACGGAGCACGCAUGCUCUGGUUUGAAACGUACAGAAAUAGGAAAUGUUUUUUGGUCUUUACAACUUCCAUGGCUUGGUUUCCCAAGUAUUGUAUUUCAAAUGUAAAUUUUAUGAAGUCUGUGUAAGAGUCUACAAAUAGCAAUAGUUUUAGGUAAGCGUAAUUAACAUAAUUGCCAAUGUAGCUUUGAUAUUAAUGAGAAAAAUGUGUCACUAUCAUUACUAUUUUAAUAUUUUUUAUACACCGGAAUAUUCUUGCGCAUAAUAAACACACUUAAAAUAA